AUGUGGGGUGUCCCGGAGCACAGAGCUGAGCACAGCACUGGGCACAGCACCAGGCACAGAACUGGGCACAGAAUUGAGCACAGAGCUGAGCACAGCACCAACCACAGCACCGGGCACAGCUACAGCGACAUCACCGACCCGCUCCUGCAGGGUGCCACCAAGGGCUACAAUGGCACCAUCUUUGCCUACGGCCAGCGGGAAGUCAUUCACCACACAGGGGUCGUGGAUCCUUCCUCACAGAAGGGGAUCAUUCGAGUGAUUGAACACAUCCUCGAGAGCAUACAGUGUGCUGGAAGUGCCGAGUUCCCGAGGAGAGCCUCCUACCUGGAGAUCUGCAGAGACCUUCUGGGAGCUGACACCAAGCAGAAGCUGGAGGUGAGGCAGAAUCAAUGCGUCUUAAUUAAGUGCUUUAAUGAGCUCAGAGAAGUGUUCCCAUGACUGACAGAAGUGCUCUGUUGGAAGCUGAGCACCAGAACACGAGAGUCAAGUGAGGAAUAUGGAAGCCAAGAGGAGAUUUUGGGGGACUUUGGUGGAAGUUCAGAAGCAGGAUCCAUUCGUGCCCAGCGUAUCCCACAUGACAGUGGGAUGGGACAGUGGCCAGGAGCUCAGCAGCAGCUCUGUGAAAAUCCUUUACUGGGCAAGGGUGGAAUAAAGUGCUCAUGGGGCAAUUUCUUCCUCAUCCUCUUCAUCUCACAGUCGUCUCUAAAGCAGGAGGAUUCAGAGCAUUAUCCAUGUUUAAUCUGAUCCAGUGGAGCCGUGGAUGAUCUCAUUAUCUGCCUAAACCAAAAGAGCUCAUCCUUUCUGAGGGGACACAGCAGAUAUUACUCCCCAUGGGAACGUGUGGGGAAGUUUCCAGGACCACAGGAGGGUAAACUCUCCCAAAAUCCUAAUCAAGGGGUUGAUCUUUAUUAAGUUUACCUCUUGGUGGCUUUGCAGAUCCUUUUGCACGUAUUGCUGGAGGGAGCUGCACAUCUCCUGUCCUGAUUUACUUCCCUGGUGAAUAAAACCAGGGCAGGAGCACCAUGAGAUGCACUGGGAUGGCAACAGACCCAAACUGACUUAUGGGGCAGGUAUUUUUAAGAAGUUUCUGGCUCCGAGGGAGGCAAACCCCUCUCUGCCUCACGUUCCAGGCGUACCUCGCCUGUCGUGUGCGGAGGGAGGGUGGGAGAAGGGGACUUCUGGCUGCAGUUUCCCAUCCUUUGUUCCACAUCGGCGGUGACACGGGUUUCCAUGGCAACGCAGUUGGCACUGGGAGGGCAGGAGCUGGGCAGAGCAGUUUCCAGGGUAACACUGUCACACUGCCUGUUGCUGCCUCCACCGAGGAACUGAGGGAGUCGUGUCCUGCGUCUGUGUUCCCCAAUUCUCCCUCAAAAUCCCGUUUUUGUUCAUUCCUUUGCCUCUCACUCCCAGUGACUGUCCUGUCCUUGGCUGGGUGUUCCUCGGGGACACCCCCAGACACAGCCAGGCCAGUCCCGGGUUCUCCUGCAGCACAGACCAGUCACAGUGGAUGAACAGUCACUCUGUGGCUGUACCUGGAUCCAUCCUGGGCAGCCACGCCUUUGGAAUGAGGCUAAAUCCCACCCAGUUUAGUUUUCAGCCACUUCUGCUCUGUUGUGUGCAGACUUUUUAACAACACAAUUUUAUAGAAUCACAGAAUCACUGAGGCUGGAAAAGACCCUCAGGAUCAUCAAGUCCAACCUUCGACCCAUCCCCGC